UAAUAUAUCAACUACUAAAGCAAAAUAACAGAUAAACGUUCUUAAAACUCCUUCUCUUAACAAAGGGCUGUGGUCAUACCCAGUGAAUGUCCUAACAUGACGUGUCUCACAACGCUUUCCAUAACCUUAAUCAGGUACCAAGCGACGACGUCUCCCCCCCACUGUCCUCUCCCGAGAGCACCGAGACGCCGGAGAGAAAGUCUUUGAAAAGUAUAUUAAAACGCAUGUCUCGGGAGGACUCCAGAGGAAACCUUUUGCCCCCUGAUGGUGCUGAUCUCCGGAAACUCAUGAAAGCUCCGACGGUGGAAGGCUUUGUCGCCAGAAGAUCAAAGCUCAGUAAAUCCGUGUCGUUCCAGCGGAAGACCCUCGCCUCGCCGCCGCCGCCAGCUCUUCUGGACGAACUAAAGAGCUCGCAAGUUGACGGCUCUGGCAACGGGGCUCCUCUUAUUACCUCUGUGUUGCCUUCAGUUCCGUCUAAAGAGUCAGCGAAGGAGAGUCGAAGCGCGACCACGGACGGAGUCAACAAACUUAUGGCAAAGCUUGGUUCCAUGGGACUCGACGGGUCCCCGGAUACCCAGACUCAGGACCUAGUCUUAGGUGUCAGAAAGAUUCUGAGAGACAAAAUGCACAUGGGUUACCCCAUUCCUUUAGAUCCCAUGCUAAUAACUGGCGAUGACGUAGAAGUUGCUUGGGUACAGCGGGUGGAGGAGCUUCAGCAGCAGGUGGCGGCGAGGACGCGACAUUCGACCUUGACCCACACCAUCUCGCGGCUCCAGGCGAGUGUGGGGGUAGAGCCCAGGAUAGCCGAGGGCAGCCUUCCCGCCGGAGAACUGGUCCCGUGCCCCUCCAUUAUUAGGUCGUCCUCGUCAGAUGCCAGCACGGACGGGUCGGACGAUGACGAGCCCCUCUUCAUGAGGUGUAACUCCAUUGAGUCUAUCAUCCACCAGUCUCCCGAGGAGUCUCCCGAGGGCGGCCACGUGCCGCUCGGACCCCGACAAUCAUGGCCGAGGCAAGGCACCCUGGAGCAGGUCGGCCACAGAGCCCAUUUCGCGAAGUCGCUCGACGAUCCCCGAGCCCACGGACAGAUCGUGCUUGACAUUGGAUCCUCCACCGACGAGGAACUGUACUCCUUUGACUCGGAUGAGGAUCACGUGAUCUAUGGGGACCUCAUGGGAGACCUUGAGGACAGCUUUGAGAAUGACUUGUCUGGCGCUGAGGAGGAGGACAUCUUCCCUGUGCUAGACGAGGAGGAAGAAGACGAGGACGAGGAUGAGUGUGAUGCUGAACAAGGUGACAGCGGCGAGGCCGAGCUCAGCUCACAAGACUGGGAAGUCCAACUGCUCGCUAAACAGCUGGCAGAAGAGCAGCGAGGCGUAGCUCGCCUGAUUGACCGGGACAUUGCUGAGGGACGCCUUGACUCAGCUUUGGCAGAGCUCCAUGAAGCUCUCGCAUCGGAUAACCUGGGACCUCUCAGUGACAUUGACCUUGCCAGGUUAGAGAAGGCUGUCAGACGUGAACGCGAGAAGUUACGUAGAUAUGCCCGUAUGUACAGCUUAGACGAAAGGCCCGUAUUAGAGGAUCAGUUCACAUCACUAUAUCGCAGCCGAUCUCAACUGCUUCUCAAUCGUAGCUCCGAGCUGUGUCGCGCCGGGCCAACUGAAAGGCGACUGUCACUCCUGCUGGAUCAGUUAACCAAGAUGCCCCCAGCGGAGCAGUUCCUUCUGGACCGCCUGGUGUACACCACUGCCCGAAGGCGAAAACUCUCUCGUCAACGAUCUCUUUGCGACGAACAACUCGCUUCCUACGAUACUGCCUGCACUCCCAUCAGUAAUAAAUCAAAAUUCUCCAUGGCUGCCCGACGGUCGAUGAGCGUGUGCUCGCCACCCCCCGGAUCGGCUCCAGCUCCCUUCAGAGAAACGCCUCCCCCCUCGGCCCCCACCUCCGGGCGGGGGUCCAUGAGUGAGGGAGGUCCUCCCACGGUGUCGGCAAUGCUGGCUUCCUUGCAACGCUCAGUGGUUGCCAUUUCCACCCGUGGUCGAGGCUCAACCAGUAGCCAAGGCUCUCACAAAGAAGGAGCCCCGCUCCUUCGGCCACCUAGGUAACGCAGCAGUAGCAAUAUGAUGGUCAGCUGACCGCAUGUCCACAGUAAUAAGUGACAGGAGCAAUAGCGGCAUUUGCCACAUCUGUCUGACUGCAACAAAACACUAAUCAAAAGUGUUCACAAGCUACAUGAUUAAGUUUUAUGAAAAAAAAAACAUAAACAGCUCAGUUUACUCAAUGUUGCAAUGUUUCAAACUGUAUAUCCUAAGUGAAACAAUUCAGUUAUGAAUGAAAGUAUUUGUUUUAUUAUUAUAUGGGCUGUUAUCAUAGAAAAUAAGCUGUUAUACUUCAUCUUCCCAUCAGCAUCAGAUCUGACUACAACUGCUACUGUUACAACUGAUAUUAACGAGACUGCUGCUCUAACGCGGUUGUUUGCUUAGGUAGAUAUAUCUCAAAGGGCUUCACAGUAUAGUAGAGCUUGAUUUCCAAUCACAACAAGCAAUGAAAUAACCAAUUUAUUCCACAACCGAAGCUGCUCACGAAGAACUGUCAAGGCAGUUGCAGAAAAACAUGAAACCCCAACAUAUAACACGAGGUUUUCACCAGCCUUCAGUAAACUACCUAGCCUACAACUGCGCCAGCUACAUCAAUUCCCUCAUUUUUUGCACUUCUUAGCUUGAAAUUGUAUUAUCACAAAUUUGUAUCUACAUACCAUACAUCCUUGAAGCCACUAAAGGACGUGGUUCCAGGAGAAAGGCUCGGGUAACAAGGACAUUUCUAAACAUAGAUUUCUUUCUCCUCCAUAAAACAAAAAUAGUGUUCUUCAUAAACUAGUCAUUUUUCAUAUGCAUAUUUUAACAGUAUUUGAAAUAGAUUCUUGUUCCUUCUACUUGAUUUAAAUGAAUUAUGAAAAAAACUAACACAUAUAAUACAAUGCUCAUAAGGCUUUGAGAUAUAUUAUCAGUGUAAAGCUUCCUAAACAGUAUAUAAUACACUCAGAUCAUGGUUCUCUAUAUGCCAAGGAAACUACAAAUACUUUCCAUCCUCAUCCUCAUAUGUAUAUAUUUUAUACACAUGCACAUGCUACAAAUCAAAUAACUUUCAGACACUUCAGCUGGAAUCUAAGGCAUGCAGUAUGUUAAGGAGGCCUUUGGCAUUCCACCUUUGGAAAAAGACCUAUUUUAAUUCUUGAAGUGGAAUUCAUCUCACUCUAUUUCCACCACACUGACACUUCCGUCUUGUCUGAAGUUAAUACAGUUUGAUCUGAUCUUAUAACAUUAAUUUUAAAUUGAUAAUCAAAGGCUUUGUUGACAUGCCAAUAGAGAACAUGGCAAUAAAGAUAUAUACAUUUCCAUGCAUAUAAUGUACAUAUAUGAAAAAAGUAAUAUGUUAAUUUAGAGAAAGAUUAUUUAUGAUGCUAAUUAUUAUGAAAUAUUUGCUUGCAGACUUCAAUAUUGUUUAACAUGAAUAUAAAUCUGUAUGAAAAAUCCCAAUGUUACAUUCUCACCUACAAAAGAGAAAGUACAUCAUUUAAGGUAACUGUGACAGAUUUGCAGUAAAAUAGAAGGGAAAAAAAUAAUUUCAGAUUAAUUAUUAUCCCUUUUCAAAUCAUGUAAACCAAAAUUGACCAUAACUUUUACAUCGGAUAUACAUGUAAUCUGUCAUAAUAAUAUCUUUAAUGAGAACUUUCCUUGUUUGCGUAUUACCUGGCAAACUGUUGAAUUUGCUUUAUAAAUAUGUUGUUUUCUAUAAUAUAUGUAAAUAUGGGAAAUAGAUUUAUUUCACUUACAUGGAGACAUACUAUUUUUCUAUUACAUCCCGAACUACUCAUGUCUUUAUCCUAAUACUAAAUAUAUACUGUCUUUCCCCUCAUGCUAAAGAUACAGGUUUGUUAAAAGAAAAAAUUAACUGAUAUAGCCUUAAUAACCAAUAAAAUAGGAAGAUCCCUUUCCAUAAGCAAUACAAAGAAAUUAUUUAUUGGUCAUGCAUACAUCAUCAAUUUUUCGUGUAAACAUGCACAAUAAUUAAACAAAUAAUUGUUUAGUACUGUUGGCAUGAAUACUUUUAGUGUAUUCAGAGUGUUACAAUACUUUUUUUGCAUGUAAAUUGUCUGAUAAAUGCAAUUAUAACAGUUGCUAAGCAUAAAAAGUAUAGCGCAUAGAAGCUCAACAUCUAAUUUUUUAUCAUAUAAUAUUCAGUAUUAUAAAUUCUUUGUUGUAGUACUAAAAAUCUUGAAGCCUUAAUUAGUCUUAUAGUCUCCAAUAAUAAGUAAGGCUUUUAUGGGUAAGAAAAACAUGUUUUACAUUCGAAAUUGAUAUGUUUGAUUAAAUUCUUUGUUAUAUGAUUAUCAGAAAGCUAGCUUGGCUCUG